UUCUCAUUAUGAUAGAUUUGUAUACUUUGAAAAGGUGGAGUACUCUAUUUGAAUAGAAGUGCUUGGUCGAAUGCACCAACCGUGUCUGUCAAUUUUAUAACUUGUCAUUUUCCCAGGUUUGUUUGACAAGGAUUUAGUUUGAUCAGCUCUGAUGACCAGUAUGUUAACAUUGUGUGUGUAUUCAACUGAUAGAUCUGUGGUUAAAAUAGAAUUCUUAAUUUAAAACAUUGUACCAGAUCCACAAUGAAAUUGAUGGAAUAUAAGGAAUACUAUGUGCUUUAAAUUCAUGUUUUAACAGUAAGUGUGGAUUCAAGAACUCCAGUUAUAUUGUUCAGAGAAAUACAUAUUAAAAGAAAUAAGUAUUAAAACUUAUUUUUCAUGAAAUAAAGAUGGAUAGAAAGACCAAGAAAAGUCAAUCAAAGAUGUCUUUAGGUCAGUGGAGGACAUCCCAGCCAGUGUACACGAGUGGAUCUGGUCCAAGGCCCGGGCAAGAGUAUUGUUUUGUGAAACCUAACGGAACUAUCCAAGUUUACAGUAAUGCAAAUCAAAACAAAGGUUAUUUGCCGAAGAAGGAUAUCUCUCAUCGUCAUAGCCUAUAUGGAAGCCGCAGUGGUUCUAGCAGUUAUGUAACACCCAUCAGUCAUGUGACCACAAUAAGUCAUGCAACCUCAGGCUCCAGACAGGGGGAGGUAAAGGUCAAAGGGGGGGUCAUUCAACAACCCCAGGCCCGCCCACCUGUUGUCCUAUGGCAGUAUGGGACAGCAGAAAAUAGGGGGCUGUCUUCACAAGUUGAUCAGAGGAGACAGACAUACUAUGAGCCCCAGGCUGUUGCAGUUCAAAGGAGGGUGGUUCUACAACCAAAUGCGACUCAAAGACACAGCUACCAUGAGGGACAGUUUUCUAAUGUGCCAGUACAGAUAAAACCAGCUGUCAUGCAGAAUGGUGGAAGGGGUCACCCUGAAAUGAAUGCGGGACAUAAGCAAAUAAUCUAUAUCAAAACUGACUCCAAAAGACCCAAGGACCAAGUCAAAGAAGUUGAAACAGCAAAGAUUAACAAAGGCAAAGUUCCAAAGGAGAAUGAAAAUAGUGAUCCUUUUGAUGAUAGCAACUCUCCUGAUGAGAGAUAUCCUUCUCAGAAUGAAAAUCAGAAUGAGACUGUUGGAGAAAACAAAGCAGUUACAUUUCAUGAAAUGCCUAAUGUGAAUACGCCUCAACAAGCCAUUUGGCAUCAAGCUCAAGAAAUUCAAACACCUGAAAAAAGGAAAUUGGAGGAGACUCAUACUGAUUCUGUAACUGAAUCAAGCUUUGUCACAAAAGUUAAACAGAAAAUGGAGGAAAAGCAGAGCAGGUUAGAAAGAGAAGCAAGUUCUAUCCCAAAAAUGAAAAGUGAUUCUGUCAGUGAUGAAGAAGAUGUUAUGCCAGAUGCCAGUUUGGAGUUGGACGAUCUUGUGCAGGAGUUGAGCCAUGGCGAGACCUUACACAAAAUCAAGAGUGGCGGAAUCCUGUACACUCGCGAGUUCUUCCUGGACACCAAAGCACUCAAACUCUACUACAACGGCUCGCAGAAACGAUUCCGCAAGAAAAACACAUCAUGGUCGCUAUCGUCCAUAGAAGAAGUAAGAGAAGGGGAGAAAGAUUACGCUAAAAGACUUGAUGAACAUGAUAAGUACAAAUCGUUCUGUGUGGUGUUUGGUUCCAACCAUGAGGUCCUGUACCUGCUCGCCCAUUCGUAUGACGCUAGGGACAAGUGGGUUCGUGGAUUGCGAUACGCCCUUCAGCUCAACUCCUUCCUCAAACAGCGAGAAACAGACAAAAUUUGGAUCCUGGAGGCAUUUGACAGAGCAGACAAGAACGCAGACAAUGGUCUCGACCUGGAAGAGGUGAUGAAACUGCUCAAGAGUCUCAAUGCUGAUAUGGACCGAACCUACGUUAGGGAGAUGUUCAAUGCUGCCGACACACACAGGGUAAAGGGGGAGAAGCCAAGCCUGGACCGGGAUGAGUUUGUACAGUUCUACAACAUGCUUACAGAAAGACCUGAGAUAGGGGAAAUAUACAUGAAGUAUGCCAAAGAUGUCGGUUACAUGACGGCGGCUGAUCUCCAAAUGUUUCUACGGAAUGACCAAAAGGAGGAGGUUGUAUCACUGGAGAGAUGUAAGGAGAUCAUUGUUGUGUAUGAGCCACAGAAAGAGAUGCAGAAAGCUGAGAAGAUGAGCCUUAUAGGUUUCCGUAGUUUUCUGGUGUCCCAGCAACAGCACUUAUUUAACAGAAGUCACCGGCGCGUCUACCAGGACAUGACCCAACCCAUUACUAACUACUACGCCAACUCAUCUCAUAACACAUAUUUAGCAGAAGACCAGUUAAAGGGACCAAGUCGUGUUGAGUGCUACAUCUCUGCCUUAAAAAGAGGCUGUAGAUGUGUUGAAUUGGAUUGCUGGGAUGGCAGUGAUGAUGAACCAGUCAUCUACCAUGGCUACACACUCACAUCAAAGAUUCUCUUCCAGGAUGUCAUCAAAGCUAUCAAGGAUUAUGCCUUUGUCACAUCACCCUACCCAGUCACAUUAUCAAUAGAAAAUCAUUGUUCUAUUGAGCAACAGACUAAGAUGGCAGAGUGUAUGAAAUCUGUAUUUGGAGACAUGUUGUAUGUGUUCACCUCAACCCCAGAGACGCCCCCAUCACCCCAUGAGCUGAAAAACAAGAUUAUCAUCAAGGGUAAGAAGAUGAAGAGAGAGACAGAUGCAGAUAUUGGUGAAGUGUCCGACGAGGAUGAAUCGGCCGAUGCAAAUGAUGAGAAACAAAAGAAAUCUGGAAAAUUGAAACUGAGUCAAGAGCUGUCGGAUAUCGUUACAAUGAAGAGCGUGCACUUUGGCGGAACUCAGGAAAUUCCCUCAGGCAAUGGGGAAUUCAAUGUGGUCUCUUUGGUAGAGAAAAAGAUCAAUCGACUUAUCGACUCCGAGAUCGAGAAUGUCUGUCGAUACACCCAGCAUGCGCUGAUCCGUUCAUACCCGAAUGGUACCCGCACAGAUUCCAGUAACUACAACCCUGUGCCUAUGUGGUGUGGGGGAUGUCAAGUGGUGGCGUUGAACUUCCAGACAGGAGGGGAGGAGAUGCAGCUGCUACAUGGGAAAUUCCUGGAUAAUGGUAACAGCGGAUAUCUGCUCAAACCCAAAUGUCUCAUGGGAGAUAACCUAGAUGCCAUAGUGGGAACCAGCCCAUCAUCGAGUCGUAAACGCCUUACACUAAAGGUGAUGAGUGGUUUCCAGCUCCCUAAACCAAAAGACUCUAAGAAAGGGGAGGUAAUUGACCCAUUUGUCAAGGUUGAGAUCCAUGGCCUUCAGCGUGACACGCAGAUGAAGAAAACGCAGGUGGUGAAAAAUAAUGGCUUCAAACCAUUCUGGAAUGAGACGCUGGAGUUUGAGAUUGACGUCCCAGAACUUGCCCUUGUAAGGUUCGCUGUGUAUGACAGCGAUAGAUACGUUGAUGAUUUCAUUGGAUACUAUGUUGUACCAGUCAAUAGCAUAGUUGAAGGUUAUCGUCAUUUCCCUCUGUUUGAUAAGAAUGGGGACCAAUAUGAACAAGCCCUGAUAUUUGUUCAUGCCCAAGUGACCUCGCUGACGUCUGAGGAGCCCCACUGAUGGGUCGGGAGAUCCACACCCAUGUCCCUCCUCGCCCGCAAGAUUAUAGCUAACCUUGAGAUUACCCCUACGCUGAAGCGGUGAACUGAGUUUUAGAGAACAAAAACUCAUUUAUUUAGAUAGGGAUGAAGCUUUAUUCAGCCAAGGAAAUAUUUGUUAAUUGAUAGAAAUCAAGGAUUACAGCAAAGAAAUGAGAAAAGCAUGUUACAGACUUAGUUGAUCUCUGUUUGGAGUUUGGAGCUGCUUUCCUCUUCAAAAGUCACAUUUUCUUAGUGUCAAUUUUACAUUUAUGGCAGCCAGUACGUGAAGAAUUAUGUGAUUAUGUGGUAUGUUUAAUCAUGGUUAUAUAUCUUUGAUAUAUCAUGAUCCCCAAUGAGUCAAUUUACUUAUACAAUAACAUCAUUUACAUUUGACAGCAUAACUCUUUAAAUGCAGAGUCAUAGCCAUAGUUUACAGGAUACGUAUUUCUUGAUUUUUUGUCGAUGGCUUAUAGCCUUUCUUCCAAUAGCCCAUGGAAGUAAAUACACCUUUGACCAUUAAACUGGGGACAAAGCCAUUACAUAAUUUUUGAUUUUUGUAACAUCAUUGUUGUUGCACAUUGACUGAUGAAAAACUUGCAGACUAUAAUUAUAGAACUGAUAAAUGUUUCUAUGACGAUGAUUGAUUAAUUGGUUUGUCCACACUUUUAUCACCACAGGUGUACUGUGAUUGACUCAUAUACAUUAUAAUGUGAUAGGACUUUUGUUAAACAAUGUUCGUUCUUACUGAUAUUAUGUUAAUCAAGAUCUGAUAUUAAUAUGGUCAGAGAAAUUUCAUAUUUUAUGUUUAUUUUGAAACAAAUUGUUAUCAUUUUAUUGAUAUUUUACCUAUGUCUACAAGAAAGCAAUAACAAUAGUGUAUAUAAGAUAAUAAUUAAUGUGAUUUCAAAGAGGGUUAUCUAACAAUGUUUAAAGUAUCUGUGAUGUAAAAUUUGAUCUACAGGGAUUCAUGAAGAGGCCCUUUAAAAUUGUCAUUUUUUAUGGAAUCCAAAUUAUUGAGGUUUUCAAGGAAUCUUGCACAUGGCAAACAGGAAAAACAAACCAAUCAUCGAACAUGGCAGUCCCUCUUCAAAAUAACCAUUAUGAUUGUGUUUUACACUGACUUCAUUAAAAAAAAAAAAUCAAGUAGUUUCUUCAGGAUUACAUUUGCCAUAGGAAAAAAGUGUUUGUUUGUGCUGAUUCUACAGGAAAACCUAAAAUAAACAAGUUCCGAAUAAAAUUGAUAAUAAACUUGGGUUGUAAAACACUGUCAUUGAUUUUGUAAAUUUGAUGUUUGUUAUAUAUACAAAGAAAUACUUAAUUAAUUAUGCAUGUUGAUUAUAAUACAAAUAAAUUUUAUUUUUUGUUAAGAUUAUUUAUACCUGUAUAAAAAUAGAAUAAAAAUAUGCAUGCGAUUAAAGCAAUAAUCUAGAGAGGUGUGGGUCUCCGCUGGUUUUGGUACAGACUUGUUGUGCAAAAAGGGCUGGUUUAAAGGUAAUUAAACUCAUUUUAGCUCUUGAAAUUGAAGGUGUCUGCAAACAUUUUGGACUAACCUUGUAUUCACUCUGUGACUGGUUUGAAAAGAGUUUUAAUAUAAAUCAUACAUUUAUAUAUAAUUAGAACAGUUAUUCAUAUUCUUAUAUGUGGAACCAAAAUAAAAAUAGGCACCAUACUUUACACAGAGUUCUUAUAUUUAAUAGUUAGACUUCUUGUUGGACUAAACUAUGCUUUAAGUUAGUAAAAGUAAAUAUAAACAUUAAAGGUUUGAAAUGUUAAUUGCACAAGAGAAUACAUGGCUUAAAGAACAACUUAUUUUUUUUAUAAAUGUAUCAUCACUGUGCAAUUAUUAGUAUAGCUCUCUUUAAGCAAACCUAUUUUUUCACAGCAAGUCAGUUUUUGUAUAUUUAUGUUAUUGUAAAUUUUUGAUCCCGUUUAGUUGUUGUUAUAGUUUUACUAGUAGUAAAAUUGUUUAGUUAUUGAUUUAUAUAUUUUUAUUUUUACUGAACACUGCUUGUCAUAAAGUACCGGUAUGUAACUUAAUUGCACCCAAUUAAAGUUUACACAUAAUGUGCUGGCCCUUAAUUCUCAAAAAUGUUCAAGUUCUUACUCAACUGAUUACUGUAAUUAAAUAGUGUGUAUAUUGUAAAUAGAAAAUAAACCGUUUCUGGUUCUUUCACAGUUUGAUCUAAACGAUUUAUUUUGUAAGAUUUUAACCAAAUUUUGUGCUCUAACUUCCUAUAUACAAUUAUCAAAGACGUUAAAAAAAUGGUAAUUAUUUGAGUGCAUUUCUUGCUCUUAAUUUUAUUUUAUUGUUUGACCAAAAGAGUAUAUUAAUAUAGCCUAUUGAAGAAAAUGACUUUAACAGACAUAAAACAUUUGCAAUUUUGAGCCAUGCUAGGCUGUAGUAAAGUUCCAAAAUGAAUCAUUGAUUAUUUACUAAGUAUUUCCGAGAAACUGGGGCCAGGUGUAUAUUGUAUAUCUAGUAAUAGUUAGUUUUACGCAAAGAUUCUGAAAAAAUGUCUAAUGCGCUUGAGUUUGUGAUGCAACUGUAUUAUCAAUAGUCUUUGAAUAGUCAGUGUUGAAUGUAAAUUUUGCUGAACGGUCAAAACUUUUCUGUAAAAUUUGUUUUUAUUUGGCCUAAUCUGUACUGCUCCUUUAAAUGUUAUAAUAUCCAGCUAUAGAUGUAUGUCUAGCAAUAAACAACAUAGCAAUGUAUGGCCUAUAAUGUGUCUAUUACCCGUACAGUUAUGUAUAUACAUCAAUAUGUCUUAUACAAUCUGCAACUUGUCACUUUAAAAAAGAAGGGUAUGCUUUAAGUGUAUGAAACUGCUCCCGUGUCAGAAAUUAAAUCAACUUCAAGAUUUUUAUCUUAAAAUUUCAUAAUUUAUGAGAAUGUCCUUUGACGACUAACUUUGUUUGUGAUAGGCCCAUUCAGGAUAAAUUGGGCCUGCAGCUAUUCUAUGCUUAAUUUCAAAUGCCAUUUUUCAUUAUGUGACAUACUAGUAUUCAUUAGUGCAUGCAUAACAGAUAUAGAUCACACAUUAGACAAGCCAUAUUGCUCGUUAGAUAUCAUAACAGUACUAUAUAUCAGACUUCUUUCUUUAAAUCAUAUCAAAAUACAUGUACAUUGUACCUUAAUAAUGUUACAUGGAUGGAAAAUUGAACAAUUAAAUAUUUCACAAUGUCAAAAAUGCUUGUAAAUAUAUCAUUUCAUCAUUAUGUAAGCUAUGCAUUUCUGUUAUUUUUUUUAUUAUAUGAAACAAAUAAUGUCGUGCCUCAUUACUUUGUCACAAUAAAUCAUUUUAUUGAUGAAAUUAUCACUUUUACAUUUGUUGCAUAUUACAACUAUAAAUACAAUAUUCUUUUAAC